AUAAAUUGCUGAGCUCUUGACCUUGAACAAUUCAUGCAAUAAUACCUUCAAGAUGAGUCGAUCGAUUAGAAUCAAGACUUUGCUUGUCAUCGAUUUAGCUUUCUUCUUUCUCGAACUCAUAGUCGGCUAUUCAGUCGGUAGUCUUGCACUCAUAGCCGAUAGUUUUCAUAUGCUCAACGAUGUCUGUUCACUUCUCGUCGCACUUUACGCUAUCAACCUUGCCUCUCAAUCUAAAAGAUCCGAAGAAUACUCUUAUGGAUGGCAACGAGCUGAGAUUUUAGGCGCGCUUGUCAAUGGAGUCUUUCUGGUUGCUCUAUGUUUCUCAAUAUUUUUAGAAGCUAUUCAGAGAGCUUUUAACCCAUCAGAGGUUCAAAACCCUAAACUCGUGGUUAUAGUAGGUAGCUUAGGGCUAGCUUCGAAUAUCGUCGGUCUAGUCCUCUUCCAUGAGCAUGGUCAUGGUCACUCUCACUCCCAUCAUAGCCAUUCUCAUGAUAUAGAUCAUGAAGCACACCAUCAUAAUUCUCAUCCUCAUGAACAAACUCCACUCUUGAACCCUAGCAGUCAAAAUCAAUCCUCAUCAACUUCGAUAGUGUCCAAUGACGAUUCCGAUCCUCAAUCGUUGAGAAACGAACUCUGUGUUCAUCCCGCUCAAACACGCAAUAACAUAGUGCGAGCCGCUGAACAACGUCGUGAUGAAUUAAAUCACCACCAUCCUCACUCUUCAGAACAAGUGGAUGACCAAAAGCAUUCGCAUUCCGAAUCACAUUCACAUUCACACUCUCAUAUGAAUAUGCAUGCUAUCUUUUUACAUGCGCUUGGUGACGCCUUGGGCAAUGUAGGUGUGAUUGUGACUGGGAUCUUGAUCUGGGUGAUCCCCGUUAUCAAGUCCGGUGGUCUAAUUGUAGGUAAUCGUUGGGUCUUGUAUGCUGAUCCCGUCAUCAGUCUUGUCAUCACUGCUAUCAUAUUUUCUUCGGCUAUUCCACUCGUGAGAUCCGCUAGUCUGAUCUUAUUGCAGGGUACACCUGCGAAUGUAAAUCUAGGGAGAGUACGAAAAUCGUUACUGGAUGUCAAGGGCGUCAUUCAAGUUCAUGAGUUACAUAUAUGGAGUUUGUCAGAAUCGAAGUUGGUAGCAUCUGUCCAUGUUCUAAUAGACAAACAAAACGAAUUUGUUGGAGUGAGCAAGGAGAUCCGCAAGCGGCUGCAUCGCUUUGGUAUCCAUUCAAGUACAAUCCAGCCAGAAGUACUACAAGAAGAUCAGCUUCAUCUCUUGCGACCGACCAACAAUGGAACCCCACAACAGCAGCAAACAAUUCCACCUGCUACACCUACAGGAUUAGGCCAGAAAGUGAAAACCUUCCUUCUAUCACGGCAAAACUCCACCCAAGAGACUAGACCAGAAACUGAGGAAGAAGAGGGUUGUUUGAUUCAAUGUGAUGAAGCUUGUGAUCAAGAAGCAUGUUGUCCGCCUGGUUCAAUCAUUGUACCUCCUCCGCAAGUUUAAUAUCUUCUUGUUCAUUCUCAAUGCUAUUCUUUUGUUGGUCUAGUUUGUUUAUUCGUUCAUUUUGAUUAGUGUUCAAGAGCAAACUUUUAAUGCUUGUAUGUACUUUGCUAUGUAAUUCAUUCCACUUUUUUGCAUCCUUCCUCAACAGAAGAUUUCUGCAGAUCUGCUAUCCUGCCGUUUACCUCAUAAAGCGUGUUUUAUAGUCCUGGCCUGAAGAGGUGAAAUUAUUGACUUCUAUGGCUGUCUGCCAGACACGGGAUAGUCACUCGGAAAACCACCGAGAAAUUUCAAUGUCUUAG